GGAAAAGCUAGUGUUUCAGUCCUGCUCUUUUACUUGUCACUAAUGUCAAUAUUGUGAUCAUUGCACAAAACAGCUUUGCUUGUUUUGGGUAAUUGGAAAUAGGAAGAUUGACUGUACCCACUGUGAUAACACAAUUUGCUACUAUAGCACAGUAUGAAGAGGUAACAUCCUACUGGACGUGACGUGACAUAUAUUGUGAGAGCUGGAUGGAUGAUAUUGCAAUCACUUCACAAUGACUGCAUGGAUCAAAUCAAUCGCCAUCCCAUUUGUUUAUAUCAUCGGGAAAUGGCUUUGGGAUGGUUUUACUGUCACUGUACAUGUUGAUCCUGCAAUUGCCUUGGUUGGAAAAGGUGUGAUGUUGUCCUGCCAGCCUGUAGGCCACAACCCUGCUAAGAUUCAAGUGCAUUGGUAUAAAUGGGAAAGGAGCAAAAAUACGACGUUAUAUUUUUACAAUAGCACAGAAAAUGGAAUUGAGCUGGGCCAGGCUGGGGACCAGAACAAGAGUGAUGCUCCCAGAGGACGAUAUGAGAAUGGAGUCGUUAGGGUGAAGCUCUUUCCAGUGCAAGUAGAAGAUAGUGGGCAGUAUGUGUGUGCGGUGACAAACAAUGGUGUCUAUCAAGAAGCUAUCGCCCAGGUGAUUGUUGCAGGUUUUGGAUCUGCACCUCGACUAACUAUAGAACAUCAGCAGAAUAAUUCAAUCACUCUGAGGUGUUCGUCCCAAGGGUGGUACCCACAACCUGAAGUAUGCUGGACUGACAGCAUGGGACAAAAUAUAACUGCUAUGGCUGAAACAAGAAUCCAAAAAGAUGUGACAGACCUGUAUCAAAUCCACAGUACGCUCAGGGUAGCAGAUAUUGCUUCUGACACCAUCUCAUGCACUUUAAGAAACCCCUUGCUGAAGAGGCACCUCAAAGAAGUUAUUGCAAUUUCUGGUUUCUUUGAUCUGGAGGCAGAACAUGACAUAAUUACCACUGUAAUUGGAGAAAAUGCCAUUCUUCCCUGCCGGCUGAUUACGAAAUAUCUGCCCCAUAGCAUGGAGUUGCAAUGGAGGAAAGUUGGACCUGGAAAGGAUAAGAUUAUCUAUUUCUAUCUCUAUGAUGAAAGCAGCCCCCUGGUUAAUUCUUAUCCACAGAGUGACAAAUGCCCAACUAGCUAUUUGUCUCCAAAUAGAGACAAUAGCAGAGAAUGGCUCAGGAAGGAAUAUGAAAAAAAGGCAGAAGUUUUUAAAGGAAAAGAGUUUGGGAAAGGAAAUAUUUCUCUGAAACUGAACAAUAUUCAGGCGGAAGAUGAAGGGAAAUAUGUAUGUUCUGCCUCAGCCAACCUGUUUCACAGAGAGAUCAUCAUUGAAGUCUUGGUUAUAAGAAUAGGGAAUGAAACUUCUUUACAAAUGCAUCACCAGAAAGUUUGCCAAUAUGAAUGUAAAUGGAAAGGGUGGUAUCCAAAGCCCAUGAUCUUCUGGAGAAAUCACAAAGGACAAAGCAUAAACUCAUUGGCUGAGACAACAGAAGUGCAGGACGAGCAGAAUCUUUUCACAGUAGCAAGCGCCAUUGCAGUUUCAUGUGGUACUCCCGAGGUUGCCUGUGCUAUCGUCAACACAGAAUCAGAGAUGAUUCAACAAUCAACUGCUCAACACUUUGUAGGUUUCUUAAUCUGUUUAUUGCUGUUUAUUGCUGUGACUGUCGAACAUUUUUUUGGAAAAUGCAAAAGCCAGUUCCAGAAUGUGAUUGACCAAGUACAGAGGGAAAGAGAGCAAUCCCGCAAUGACUAUGACCGACUACGGAUGGAAAUGGAUCAACUGCAGAGGGAAAGGGUCCAAUUCCGUAAUGAUUGUGCCCAACUACAGGGGGAAAUUGAUGAGCUUCAGAGACAAAUGGGCCGGCACCAGGUGGAAAAUACAACUCUCCAGCCAAUAAUCCAACAACUCCAACAUGAAAAUGAGGAACUGCGAGAGAAAUGUGAGCAACUCCAGCAUGAAAACAACCAAGUCCAUCGUGAAAAUGACCAAUUGAAAAAGGAAAGGGGCCAGUUCCAGGUUGAAAAGAACAUAUUCCAGCAGAAAAUCCAACAACUCCAGCUUGAAAAUGAGCAAGUACGGUGGGACAGGAAUCAAGUACAGUUGGAGAGAGAUGAACUACGGAUGGGAAGGGGAAAGAAACAAGAACAUUCUGAAGAAGAAAUGAAAAAGUACAGCUUUCAAUUAGAUGAGCUGCAGAGACAAAAUGAAAACUUGGAGCAGAGAAUAAAAAAACUCAAGGAGGAAAAGGCACAACUCCAAGAGCAAAAGGAAAGGAAAGAAGAUUUUCCUGUAGCAGGGCAACUGCAGAGAGAAAUUGCCCAACUCAAGGAGGAAAAGGGGAACUUGGAGAAGAGAAUAAAAGAACUACAGGAGGAAGAGGGAGACUUGGAGAAGAGAAUAAAUGAAAUGAAGAAGGAAUUAGACUGGAGAAGGGCUCAGAACAAUUCAGAUGACAUCAGUCUUCAUGGAGUCAUGGCCCACCCCAACAUCUCCAUUGCUGACAAUAAGAAGAGUUUUACACAUGAAGCCUAACCUCAACAAGUUCCACCAAAUCCAGAGAGGUUCAAUUCGACCGUCUGUGUGUUGGGCUCUGAAGAAUUCUCCUCUGGAAAGCAGUACUGGGAAGUGGAGGUUGUGAGCAGCACUGACUGGGAUCUGGAGGUGGCCAGAAAGUCAAUACAGAGAAAAGGAAAACUUUCCUUCUCCCCUAAAGAGGGAUUCUGGGCUAUGGGUCUGAGUGGGAGAGAUUAUUGGGCAAAAACAGACCCAUAGACCCGAGUCAUAGUGCAGAAAAAGCCUAAGUUACCAAGAGGGGCAGGUGACUUUUUUCAAUGUAACUGACAUGUCUGUGUUGUUUACAUUUCAUGAUUGUUCAUUCUCAGGAGAGGUUUAUCCAUUCUUUACAUAUUCACACAAAGAAACAAAAAUGAGAAUUUGUUCAAUUAAAGAGGAAUAAAUAUAACAUGACACUGAUGCUGAUUUUAUACUGGUGUAACUGAAAUCAAGGUUUUCAUGAAUGUAUUUUAAUGUAAGAAAGCUGUUUGUUUGUUUUUUUAAAUGUACAUCGUCAUGCUGUCUUCAUUACAUGUUUUGCAAUAAAAUGUUUUCAUUUCUUAUA